AUGGCACUUGACUCAUUUCCUUUCAGCUUGUUCUCUGAUAUCUGCUUUAUUCUGUUCGACAGCUUUAAGACGAUCAUCCAGUAUAUUGAUAAUCAGUUCGAGCGAUACUUGCAUGACGAGAGCGGACUGAACCGCAGACACAUCGUUGACAACAGAGUGCACUGCUGCUUUUAUUUCAUCUCUCCGUUUGGACACGGCUUGAAGCCUCUGGAUGUUGAGUUUAUGAAGGCAAUCCACAGCAAAGUCAACAUCGUCCCUGUGAUCGCCAAAGCUGACACGCUCACGCUGAGAGAGAGAGACCGUCUCAAGAGAAGGGUUUUGGAUGAGAUCAGUGAACACGGGAUCAGGAUCUACCAGCUUCCCGACGCUGAUUCGGAUGAGGACGAAGAAUUCAAGGAACAGACACGUGUCCUAAAGGCCAGCAUCCCGUUCGCCGUGAUCGGCUCCAACCAGCUGAUAGAGGUGAAGGGGAAGAAGAUCCGCGGACGCCUGUACCCGUGGGGGGUGGUGGAGGUGGAAAACCCCGAGCACAACGACUUCCUCAAACUGCGCACUAUGCUAGUGUGA